GGAGGAGGAGGAAGGCCCCCGCCUUCCCCCCGGGAUCCCAGCGCCGCCCCCGCUCCCUUUCAUUCUCCUCACCGGACCCUCCUCCUCCUCCUCCACCAGGGAUUGAUGGUCCUGAUUAGGGGCUUCCUCCCUGCAGAAGCAGUGUUGCCGCCACUCUCCUCCUGACACCUUGCCUGCCUGAGUUAUGAAUUUCUCCGAAGUGUUUAAGCUCUCAAAUCUGCUCUGCAAGUUCUCUCCUGAUGGGAAGUAUCUGGCGUCCUGUGUCCAGUACCGCUUAGUGAUUCGAGAUGUGAAUACCCUCCAGAUCCUUCAGCUGUACACGUGCCUGGAUCAGAUCCAAUAUGUAGAAUGGUCAGCGGACUCCCUUUUUAUAUUAUGUGCCAUGUAUAAGAGAGGGCUUGUGCAGGUGUGGUCCAUGGAACAGCCGGAUUGGCACUGCAAGAUAGAUGAAGGUUCAGCCGGACUGGUGGCUUCGUGCUGGAGCCCGGAUGGGCGUCACAUUCUCAACACCACUGAAUUCCAUCUGCGGAUAACCGUCUGGUCCUUGUGUACAAAAUCUGUAUCUUAUAUCAAAUAUCCCAAAGCCUGUCAACAGGGAAUAACCUUCACGAAGGAUGGCCGCUACAUGGCACUGGCUGAGCGGCGGGACUGCAAGGAUUACAUUAGUCUCUUUGUGUGCAGUGACUGGCAGCUUUUGAGGCAUUUUGAUACAGAAACCCAAGACCUUGCAGGAAUUGAGUGGGCGCCUAAUGGAUGUGUGUUGGCAGUGUGGGACACCUGUUUGGAGUAUAAGGUCCUGCUGUACUCCUUGGAUGGCCGCUUGCUGUCAACGUAUUGUGCAUAUGAGUGGUCCCUGGGCGUCAAAUCGAUUGCCUGGAGUCCGAGCAGUCAGUUUUUGGCCAUCGGAAGCUUCGAUGAAAAGGUGCGCAUUCUGAACCAUGUGACUUGGAAGAUGGUUACAGAGUUUGGACAUCCUGCAACUGUUUCCAACUCCAAAGUAGUGGUGUAUAAGGAGACGGAGAAGUGCCCAACUCUGGGACUGGAGAACUUUCCUUUCCCCCCGACAAGAGCUGUGGCUAGUUCUCUUUUCAACACAGAAAGUAAAUAUGAGAUUGCUUCAUCACCAGUUUCAUUACAGACUUUGAAACCUGUCAGUGACCGAGCGAACCCGAAAAUUGGAAUCGGAAUGUUGGCAUUUAGUGCCGAUAACUGUUUCCUGGCAACAAAGAACGACAACAUUCCUAAUGCAGUCUGGAUCUGGGAUGUACAGAAGCUGAAGUUGUUUGUGGUCCUGGAGCAGUUGGCUGUGGUCCGUUCGUUCCAGUGGGAUCCCCAGCAAGCCCGCCUGGCCGUCUGCACGGGCAAUAGCAAAAUGUACCUGUGGUCCCCGGCAGGCUGUGUAUCCGUCCAGGUUCCGCUGGAAGGAGCGGCGACUCCAUGGCACUCUUGAGUAAGGACAACCUGUGUUUGUGCUAUUUGGAAACAGAGGAGGGCGUAAAAUAAUUCCAGCCCAAAGCACCUGAAAUGGGGAGCCAAGGGUCCCCCUGGACACCUUUGGGAAUAAAUGCUGCUACAUUGAAAAUCAGAGUGAAAAUUUGUUAUGCACCAGUUUUGUACCGGUAAAUCAGAGGUCGAGGUGUGGGAGGAGGCAGUUCUUGGGGGAAAAUGUUCAACCAAGUGAACGUGACCUAGUGGUUUUAAUAUUUUUUAUAGCAAAGAUGUUUGUAAAUAUGAACUGUAUAGAAUGACUAAUUUGUAUGACAAAUAAAUAUUGGAUAGUG